AUGAGUCAACUUUCUAAAAUUGGUCUAAUUUUGAUUGGGCCACCAGGAAUUGGCAAGGGCACUUUUGGUAUCGCACUAAGCAAGGUUUUGGGAUUUCCUCACCUCUCCUCUAGCCAAUUACUAACCAAUUUUAACAAUAUGACCAAUGAUAUAAGGGAUACCAUCAAAAGCGGAGCUCUUGUCGAUGACAAGACGGUCAAUACCUUGUUUGAAUCCGCAUUAGUUGAUGAUCAGUAUAAGAAUGGCGUGAUUCUUGAUGGGUACCCCAGGACAAUUGACCAGGCCAAUUUCAUGCAUCAUAAAUUUGAAAAAAUAAUCUGCAUCCACUUACUGCUGGAUGAAUCAAUACUGUUACAGCGCCUAACAGGAAGAUUAGUUUGCCAGGAUUGUAAGAAGUGUUACAAUUCCUGUGAUAUACACAAUGAAAAGUAUAAAAUGUCACGUUUAAUGCCAACCGAAGAGGAUUUACAAAAGUGUAAGGGUUGUAACAAUCUAAAAACACGCCCUGAUGAUAAACCUGAUGUUGUUAAGAAUAGAGUGGAUGUAUACAUGAAGAGUACUGCACCACUAAUCAAGUUUUACUCAGAUAAAGGUUUGAUUGAGGAUUUUGAAAUAAGAGAGGGAUUGGGCGAUCUACCUAGGCUGGUUGAACGUAUUAAAUCCCUGAUCUAA